ACUCAACAUCGUACUCAAUACCUCGCCUCGCCGACAGCGACGACGACAACGAAUAUUCACCUAUCAGAACAAUCAGCUUGUCGUGCACGGCCUUACUGAACACCGCAGACAAUAAGCGACUUGCUCACUGCCCACCAGAAGCAAUCUCCCCGACCACCUCAUCGCAACGCGACCCAUACUCUGGAUUUUCACUACCGAACCGCCCGUAGCUGCCUUAUAUACUCCUAGAAUAUUGUAAAAUGGCGCAACAAUCCCGUCCAUCAUCAUCUGCAUCCCCCGCCUCCUCAGCAAACGACUGGAAAGCCGGCCUCCGCCCGCCACCAAAAGACGCCCGCCCCCAAACCGAAGAUGUGACAGCCACGAAAGGGCUCGAAUUCGAAGACAUGUACCUGCGGCGCGAGUUGCUCAUGGGCAUCUUCGAAGCGGGAUUCGAACGGCCCUCACCCAUUCAAGAAGAAGCCAUCCCUGUCGCCCUCACCAAACGCGACGUCCUCGCGCGCGCGAAGAACGGGACGGGUAAGACCGCCGCGUUCGUCAUCCCCGCCCUCCAGCAAAUCGACGUCAACAAGAACAAGAUCCAGGCACUCCUGCUUGUGCCCACGCGAGAGCUGGCGCUACAGACGAGCCAGGUGUGCAAGAUCCUGGGAAAGCACAUGGGCGUGCAGGUGAUGGUGACCACUGGGGGUACGACGCUGAAGGAUGACAUUAUGCGGUUGUCAGAAACCGUGCACGUGCUGGUUGGUACGCCUGGGCGGGUGCUUGAUUUGACGGGGAAGAAUGUGGCAGACUUGAGCGAAUGUCCUGUAUUUGUUAUGGACGAAGCCGACAAGCUGCUGUCGCCGGAGUUCACGCCUGUCGUGGAGCAGCUGCUGUCGUACAUGCCAAAAGAGCGCCAAGUGAUGCUCUUCAGUGCGACGUUCCCAUUGAUUGUCAAGGAUUUCAAGGAUAAACACAUGUCGUCUCCAUAUGAAAUCAACCUAAUGGACGAAUUAACUCUCCGGGGUGUAACCCAAUAUUAUGCCUUUGUCGAGGAGCGGCAGAAGGUUCACUGUCUCAAUACCCUCUUCUCCAAGCUCCAAAUCAACCAAUCUAUUAUCUUCUGUAAUUCCACGAACCGCGUCGAGCUCCUGGCCAAGAAGAUCACCGAGCUGGGCUACUCAUGUUUCUACUCGCACGCAAAGAUGCUGCAGUCGCACCGCAACCGCGUCUUCCACGACUUCCGCAACGGCGUGUGCCGCAACCUUGUCUGCUCGGACCUCCUCACGCGCGGUAUCGAUAUCCAGGCGGUCAACGUCGUCAUCAACUUCGACUUCCCCAAGAAUUCCGAGACGUACCUGCACAGAAUCGGUCGGUCGGGGCGGUUCGGCCACCUGGGUCUCGCCAUAAACCUUGUGACGUAUGAGGACCGGUUCAAUCUGUAUAAGAUUGAACAGGAGCUGGGAACGGAGAUUCAGCCUAUACCCUCGACUAUCGACAAGAGACUCUAUGUCGCCCCUGGAGCUGCUGAGGAGCAGCAGAAGGAGAAGGCGAGUACUGCGAAUGGGCAGCAGCAGCCGAGACCACAGCAACACCAACAGGGACCUGCAAGACCGCCUCAGCAAGCACCUAAUCAGGUCUUGUACCAGAGCGGUGCGCCUCCACAACAGCAAGUCAGGCCCAACGGAACCUCGCUGGGUCAGCCCCAGCACAUAAUGCAGCAGAGAGCGUACCCUGGCGGGCAGGUACCGGUUCCCACUGGCUACCGUGGAGGUGUCGCAGUUCCUCGCUGAGGACCGUCGGUCGUCGCUCGAGGCCCACGAUCGUGGAAGUGGGAGGGAGGGAGAGGAAUGCUAAUCGAACGUCGCAAAUUGACUCGGAGUGUCGUCGCUUCAGGCAAGGGUCUUGUUUCAUAUCUAUUUCAUUGUUUGUUUCCUCCCAAUGUCCCCUCUUCGCCCUUUCGUCUGUGUUUUCUACCUGCUGCAGUCCAUCUUUGGCUGAUUCCCGUCAACUCUGCGAUGUAGCAUACAAUCUCCCUCUUCUCUCUUUUGACCCUUUCUGAUGUGGCGGGCGUUUCGUGCCAGGCGCGAUGGUUUGAUUGGUAGUGUGGUUAGAGCGGAUCAGCGUACUGGCGUCCUCCUCCUGUAGUGUCGAAUUGUACAGUACAUUGACACUACACAGUACGCUGCUCUGCCUUCAGUCUGACUCGC